CGAGUUGAUAACCCAUACACACUAAACAAUAGGUGACAGAUCAAUCAACCAUGAAAAGUUUAUCGAUCUUUAUCUUUGGUAUCCUAAUGAUUUGUCUCAUUCAUGGGAACGAGAUGGUACGAGCAGAUUGUCAAGCAGAGUUUUGCAAUUUUGCAAACAUCCAUAUAGACACAAGCAGUGGGAAUUAUGAUACCAUUACUAGAAAGUGUGACGUUACCUGUCAACUUAGGUUCGGAGAUGAUGUUUUUGGACGUUAUCCGAAGAUUUGGUAUGAAAAUCCAAUGUGCAUGUGUUUCAAGGCUUGUAUUAAAAAGCAAGAGAUUCCUUAAUAAGAUUGCAUUUGUGUACUCUCAUCUAACAUGUAUUUUUCUUGGUAGAAGAAUAUUAAUAAGAGAAUAUUGCUAGUG